AAACAGACCUUUGCGAAGUCAGCACUGAAAACCGUACACUCCAUUGCAGAAGAGAGAGAAGCAACCUGCAGAGGCAUUUCCUCUCUCCUCCCAAAGCUCCGACACCUACAGACAAGGAAGGCUCUUGCUCCGUCGUCAUCUCUAUCCGAAGCCCUCUCCGUCGCCUGGCUUAGCUGAGAUCUCGAGCGAAGUGACCGAUUCCUCAUCGGAAUCGAACUUCGAGCUCGACGCUCCCGAUGGCGGCGGUGUGGCCGCUCGCCUUCGCGCUGGUCCUCGCCGGGAUCCUUUGCGCGGAGUCCAAGUUCAUGGUGUACAACACCUCGGCGGGGAUUGAUCAAGGGAAGCUGAACGUUCACCUGGUCGCUCACAGUCACGACGAUGUCGGCUGGUUGAAGACCAUUGACCAGUACUACGUCGGCUCCAAUAAUUCGAUCCAGGGGGCUUGUGUUCAAAAUGUCCUGGAUUCUCUAUGGCCAGCGCUCUUGGUGGAUAAGAAUCGGAAGUUCAUAUUCGCUGAACAGGCAUUUUUCCAGCGGUGGUGGAGAAAUCAAGGCGAAACAGUCCAGAAUAUUGUCAGGCAACUUGUCAAUUCUGGUCAACUGGAGCUCAUAAAUGGUGGCAUGUGCAUGCAUGAUGAAGCCGUGCCGCAUUACAUUGAUAUGAUUGAUCAGACAACUCUCGGUCAUCGUUUCAUCAAGGAGGAGUUUGGUGUGACUCCCAGAAUUGGCUGGCAGAUUGAUCCAUUUGGUCAUUCUGCGGUACAAGCUUACUUGUUAGGAGCAGAGGUUGGGUUCGACUCGUUUUUCUAUGGCCGCAUAGAUUAUCAAGACAGGGCAAAACGUAAAGAUGAGAAGAGUCUUGAAGUAAUUUGGCGAGGUUCUAAGAGCCUUGGUUCAUCUGCUCAGAUUUUUGCUGGUGCUUUCCCUGAGAAUUAUGAACCUCCAUCUGGUUUCUAUUUCGAAGUUAAUGAUGAUUCACCCAUAGUUCAGGAUGAUAUCAAUUUGUUUGACUACAAUGUCGAAGAACGUGUGAAUGCCUUUGUUGCUGCCGCAGUAGCCCAAGCAAACAUCACUCGGACAAAUCACGUUAUGUGGACUAUGGGAACAGAUUUCAAGUAUCAGUUUGCGCAUACAUGGUAUAGGAAUAUGGAUAAGCUAAUUCAUUACGUGAAUAAGGAUGGGCGUGUAAAUGCUCUUUAUUCGACCCCAUCCAUAUACACUGAUGCAAAGUAUGCAGCAAAGAAAGCAUGGCCACUCAAGACUGGAGAUUUCUUUCCGUAUGCAGAUCGUGCAAAUGCUUACUGGACGGGAUACUUUACAAGCAGAGCAGCUCUUAAACGUUAUGUUAGGAUAACGAGUGGCUACUAUUUGGCUGCAAGACAGCUGGAGUUUUUCAGGGGAAGAAGCGAUUCAGGGCAAAAUACAGAUUCGUUAGCGGAUGCAUUGGCAGUUGCUCAACAUCAUGAUGCAGUUACUGGCACAGAAAAGCAGCACGUGGCUAAUGACUAUGCCAAGCGUCUAGCCAUGGGUUACUCUGAGGCCGAAGCUGUAGUUGCAUCUUCACUGGCCUGCCUAGUGGAGUCAACGCCAUACAAAGAAUGUGGAAACCCAUCUACAAAAUUUGAACAGUGUCCACUCAUGAACAUAAGCUAUUGUCCUCCAUCAGAAGCUGAUCUCUCCAGUGGGAAAACAUUGAUCAUAGUUGCUUACAACUCGCUUGGAUGGAAGAGAGAAGAUAUUAUUCGAAUUCCUGUUAUGACGGAAGAUAUUAGUGUUCAUGAUUCUGAAGGGAAGGAGGUUACAUCUCAGUUGAUUCCUAUUACCGAUACAUUCCUCAGCUUAAGAAGCUACCAUGUCAUGGCAUACUUGGGUGAAACUACAACUGACGCACCCAAGUAUUGGCUUGUUUUUCCAGCUUCUGUACCAGCUCUUGGUUUCAGUACAUUCUUCAUCUCAAGUGCCAAAGGGACAGGUGCUAGUCCAGCUAAAUCAAAAGUAUACACCAUCGAGAGAGGCCAAAAAUCCUCUGUUGAUAUUCGUCAAGGGAAUAUUAAGCUUACGUUUUCUGCUGAGGAAGGAAGAAUUGGUUAUUAUGCUGAUAGCAAACGUUUCGUUGAGGAACAUGUUGAGCAGUCUUACAGUUUCUACUCUGCAUUUAACGGAACUAAAGAAGAUCCUCAGGCCUCUGGAGCAUACGUCUUCCGUCCAAAUACCACAAUUUCUUUGAAACCUGAAAAAAAGAAUCCUCUGACCGUCAUGCAUGGAUCCGUGAUGGAUGAAGUCCACCAGCAGAUCAAUUCAUGGAUAUAUCAGAUUACCCGUCUGAGCAAGGGAAAGGAACAUGUCGAAGUUGAGUUCAUAGUUGGACCAAUUCCAAUCGAUGAUUGGAUCGGAAAAGAAGUUGUUACCCAGAUUUCAACUUCCAUGAAGACAAAUAAGACAUUUUACACAGAUUCCAAUGGACGCGAUUUCAUUGAGAGGAUUCGUGACUAUAGAACGGAUUGGGAUCUGAAAGUGAACCAACCAGCUGCUGGAAAUUACUAUCCGAUAAAUCUUGGAAUUUUCUUUAAAGAUAAUGAGAAAGAAUUCUCUGUUUUGGUUGAUCGAUCUGUGGGAGGAUCAAGCUUAGUCGAUGGACAAAUUGAGCUAAUGCUUCAUAGGAGACUGAUCCGCGACGAUUCCAGAGGAGUGGCAGAAGCUCUGAAUGAAACAGUCUGUGCCCUUAAGGAUUGCAAGGGGCUGAUUAUUCAAGGAAAGUACUAUUUUAGAUUUGAUCCGUUAGGAGAGGGAGCUAAAUGGCGUCGAUCAUUUGGCCAGGAAAUAUAUUCUCCACUUCUCUUAGCAUUUGCUGAACAGGAUGGAGACUCCUGGAGGAAUUCUCACACGACCACCUUCUCUGGGAUAGAUUCCUCCUACACUUUGCCUGAAAAUGUUGCUAUAUUAACUCUCCAGGAACUUAAUGAUGGAAAACUUCUCCUUCGGUUAGCACAUUUGUACGAGAUUGGGGAAGACAAGGAUCUUUCUGUAAUGUCCAGUGUAGAACUGAAAAGUCUAUUCCCCGGAAGGAAGAUCGGCAAAGUGACGGAGAUGAGCCUCUCUGCUAAUCAAGAAAGGACGGAAAUGGAGAGAAAGAGACUCGUUUGGGAGGUGGAAGGCUCCAAAGGUAACGAAGGCAGGAUAUUGAGGGGAGGGCCCAUCGAUCCCACCGAAUUGGUAGUGGAGAUCGCUCCUAUGGAAAUCCGUACUUUCAUCGUUCAGUUCAAUCUACCCGAAGAGGUCUUCGAUGCCUGAAGGCCUCGAAAUUACACGGCAUCAGGUCCAGAGAAGGCUAUCCAGGCCACGCGGGAUUGUUAACUAGUCUGUCCUCCGAGCUCCGCACGCGCUGUAUUACGAGUCUUGUUGUUGUUGUUGUUGUAGUUGUAAUUCCCUAGUAUAUAAUAAUGAUGGACUGGAGUGUCUGUAAGUGGGCAUAGACAGGAGCAGAGAAUUAUGCAGUCAGGGUGAUGCAAAUCGAUGGGAAUAACAUCCCUGAGCAAUGUUCA